AUGGAUCUACCCCCAAAUGACUUCAAUUUCGAAGAGUACUUUCGACAACAGUUCGAGAUGCAAAAAGCCAUACUCGAAAGGCAGAAAAAACUUCUUGAAGAGUUGCAAAGUAGAAACGAGCAACCGCGUAAGAGAAACUCCAUAUAUAGGAAUCAUGAAGCUGCUCAUCAGAGGCUCAUGGCAGACUACUUUGAUGAGUCCUGCACAUACACUGAUAUGCAGUUCCGACGAAGGUAUCGAAUGAAAAGGCCUUUGUUUCUACGAAUUGUAGACUCUUUGUCAAACUACGACAACUACUUCACACAAAGGCGCAAUAAUGCAGGAAAGCUUGGUUUGACGCCUAUCCAGAAGUGUACAGCUGCCAUACGCAUGCUCGCAUAUGGAGUUGCAGCAGAUGCUUGUGAUGAGUACGUCAAGAUAGGGGAAACAACUGCACUUGAGUGUACUAGAAAUUUUUGUGACGGAGUAAUUGCCUUGUUUGAAGAUGAAUACUUGAGACGACCAAAUGUGGAAGACUUGCAGAGGUUACUCAAAGUUGAUCAGGAGCGUGGUUUCCCUGGUAUGAUUGGAAGUAUCGAUUGCAUGCAUUGGCAGUGGAAGAAUUGUCCUAAGGCUUGGCAAUGGCAAUUUACUAGUGGACACAAGGGCACCGCUACUGUUAUCCUUGAAGCAGUUGCGUCAUAUGAUUUGUGGAUAUGGCAUGCUUUCUUUGGUUUACCUGGUACGUUAAAUGACAUAAAUGUACUAGAUAGGUCACCGGUAUUUGACGAUAUUGUGUUCGGUGAAGCUCCGCGGGUGAACUACAUAGUGAAUGGCCGGGAAUACAAUCUUGCAUACUAUCUUGCUGAUGGAAUCUAUCCCAAAUGGCCUGUCUUCGUCCAGUCAAUUCAAAUGCCCCAAGGGAACAAAGCACAAUUGUUUGCCAAACAACAAGAAUCAUGCAGGAAAGACGUGGAACGUGCAUUUGGGGUUCUCCAAGCACGUUUCGCUAUUAUUCGUCAACCAGCUAGAAUGUGGGAUCUUGAAGUCUUGGGUAAAAUAAUGAGGGCGUGCAUUAUUUUACAUAAUAUGAUAGUAGAGGAUGAACGGGAAACGUAUUCACGGAACUGGGAGAAUCUGGACUUCGAACAGCCUAACAAUGGUGCCUCUAGCUCUUCUUUCAAUGCUCAAACGCAAGUGUUACCCGAGUUUGAAGUGCAUGUUCAAGGCCGAUCCGAAUCAGACAUUCACACCAGGGGCGAACUUCGUGAUAGGGCCCAACAUAUUCAGUUGAAGAGGGAUCUCGUUGAGCACAUUUGGCAGAAAUUUGGAACGACCCUCGAUUAG